AUGUUCAGAUUAAAUCACAAAAAUACAUUCCAGAGUCAUCAAAACAAAACGAGAUUCCCCCCAGUAGUUUGUGUCUCUGCCCCGCCGAGACCGCGCCGCACACUGCGAGAGCUGAGACCGCGCCACACACUGCGAGAGCUGAGACCGCGCCACACACUGCGAGAGCUGAGACCGCGCCACACACUGCGAGAGCUGAGACCGCGCCACACACUGCGAGAGCUGAGACCGCGCCACACACUGCGAGAGCUGAGACCGCGCCACACACUGCGAGAGCUGAGACCGCGCCACACACUGCGAGAGCUGAGACCGCGCCACACACUGCGAGAGCUGAGACCGCGCCACACACUGCGAGAGCUGAGACCGCGCCACACACUGCGAGAGCUGAGACCGCGCCACACACUGCGAGAGCUGAGACCGCGCCACACACUGCGAGAGCUGAGACCGCGCCACACACUGCGAGAGCUGAGACCGCGCCACACACUGCGAGAGCUGAGACCGCGCCACACACUGCGAGAGCUGAGACCGCGCCACACACUGCGAGAGCUGAGACCGCGCCACACACUGCGAGAGCUGAGACCGCGCCACACACUGCGAGAGCUGAGACCGCGCCACACACUGCGAGAGCUGAGACCGCGCCACACACUGCGAGAGCUGAGACCGCGCCACACACUGCGAGAGCUGAGACCGCGCCACACACUGCGAGAGCUGAGACCGCGCCACACACUGCGAGAGCUGAGACCGCGCCACACACUGCGAGAGCUGAGACCGCGCCACACACUGCGAGAGCUGAGACCGCGCCACACACUGCGAGAGCUGAGACCGCGCCACACACUGCGAGAGCUGAGACCGCGCCACACACUGCGAGAGCUGAGACCGCGCCACACACUGCGAGAGCUGAGACCGCGCCACACACUGCGAGAGCUGAGACCGCGCCACACACUGCGAGAGCUGAGACCGCGCCACACACUGCGAGAGCUGAGACCGCGCCACACACUGCGAGAGCUGAGACCGCGCCACACACUGCGAGAGCUGAGACCGCGCCACACACUGCGAGAGCUGAGACCGCGCCACACACUGCGAGAGCUGAGACCGCGCCACACACUGCGAGAGCUGAGACCGCGCCACACACUGCGAGAGCUGAGACCGCGCCACACACUGCGAGAGCUGAGACCGCGCCACACACUGCGAGAGCUGAGACCGCGCCACACACUGCGAGAGCUGAGACCGCGCCACACACUGCGAGAGCUGAGACCGCGCCACACACUGCGAGAGCUGAGACCGCGCCACACACUGCGAGAGCUGAGACCGCGCCACACACUGCGAGAGCUGAGACCGCGCCACACACUGCGAGAGCUGAGACCGCGCCACACACUGCGAGAGCUGAGACCGCGCCACACACUGCGAGAGCUGAGACCGCGCCACACACUGCGAGAGCUGAGACCGCGCCACACACUGCGAGAGCUGAGACCGCGCCACACACUGCGAGAGCUGAGACCGCGCCACACACUGCGAGAGCUGAGACCGCGCCACACACUGCGAGAGCUGAGACCGCGCCACACACUGCGAGAGCUGAGACCGCGCCACACACUGCGAGAGCUGAGACCGCGCCACACACUGCGAGAGCUGAGACCGCGCCACACACUGCGAGAGCUGAGACCGCGCCACACACUGCGAGAGCUGAGACCGCGCCGCACACUGUGA